AUGUACUUCUUGCUGAUGGUUUGUGUAAUAACGAAUUCCAUAUCAUUCGUUCUAUCCGUGUUGGCUAUUCGAAAAGAUGUUAUCAUUGAAUGUGAGACCGUUACCUGGCUAUCCCGUGACAAUCAUCCUAUAAAAGCAGUUCAUUUUCAACUAGUUGUGUUUAGUGGCUACAUGAAAGUUCUCAGUUCUUGGAACAGGAAUCUAGCACUUUUUCUUGGAAACACCAAAAAUCGAGCAAGACUGUGUUUUUUUGCUUUGUUGGUUAUCAUUUCUGCUAUUUUCACGAUUUGGUCUACAACAGAACUUCAUGACUUUGCUAUUUAUUAUUGCCACACAUUGAAUUGCCUCGAUUUGGUUGACCGUGGUCGUCAAGUAGUUCUGAAUCAUUUCUUUAUUACGAACAACAUCAUAAUCAUAACCAAUUCCGUUGUGGUUUUUUGUAGAAGGAAAAUAAUUCUGCUAAUGAAUACAGUAUUCUUUCAAAAUCUCAAUGCUAACAACUCCCAGGAAUCAACUCACUUAUUUAUACCGGAAACUGACCACACUCAGGACGAACCAAAUAUUUCCAUUGUAGUUUUCGAAUGUAUAGUGGCGGUGACUUCAAUUUUGAUUGCUUUUCUCAACGUGGAUCAUAUCUGGUUAAAAGAAAAUCUGUCUGACAACUGGAACGACAUUCUUCAGCUACUUGUUUUAAUUACAUGCGAUAUUUUGACAGUGGUGUAUCCAUUACGUGUGUUGUUGGAUGAUAAAAUGAGGAUUAUCGUUGUGGAGAAUUUGGAUAAUGCAAGGCUAAAAAAUGCCAUUAUUUGGUUGUUCCCUAGCAAAGAUUCAGAGCAGGACAAGAAACUAUUAGCUCAAAUACUGAUUGAGCGUUAUUUACCAUUAAAUAACCCUAUAUUUGUUUUUGACGAUUGA